AAAGAGAUCUGAUCCCAUCCCUGCUCAACUGGAACUACAUACCCCCCAUGAAUGUGGGCUUCAUUUUAUUACCAAAGCUCAAAGGAAACAAACCUGGUUUGCUCCAAUGUCUCAUGCAUUCAUUUCCAACAAGCUUAUCCACCCCUCAACCCAUCCUCCCCACUUGUUUCCUCGGCUAUCCACAUCCAAACAAAACAUCAAACCUCAAACCCUCAUCUCAACCAUACAUCCAAUGGUUACGACCAACAGAUUCAGCCCCGGUUUUAUCACCAAAGUCGAAGAUAACAAAGCUGGCUUAGUCGGCGAAGAUACACUUUCCCACCUCAAAUCUCAACUCUUACAGCAACUCCAAGGAAUCAAUAGAGGGAUUUUCGGAGUAGCAUCUUCUAAGAAAUCUGAUAUUGAAGAACUGGUGAAGCUGCUUGAAUUCCAGAAUCCAACUCCGGAUCCUACCCUGAAUCUAGAAAAGGUAGGUGGUUGCUGGAAGCUUGUUUACAGUUCUAUUACAAUCUUGGGUUCAAAGAGAACAAAGCUUGGGUUGAGAGAUUUCAUCACCCUGGGAGAGUUUUUCCAGACCAUUGAUAUUCAAAAGAGCAAAGCAUUUAACGUGAUAAAAUUCAAUGCCAGAGGGUUGAAAUUGUUGAAUGGGAAGCUCACAAUCGAAGCUUCCUUCGAGAUUGCAUCCAAAUCAAGAGUGGAUAUAAGUUAUGAUAAUUCAACCAUCACUCCUGAUCAGCUGAUGAACGUGUUUCGGAAAAAUUACGAUCUGCUGCUUGGAAUCUUCAAUCCAGAGGGGUGGCUGGAGAUAACAUAUGUAGAUGAUACGAUGAGGAUAGGGAGAGAUGACAAAGGGAACCUCCUCAUUUUACAAAGAUCUGAACAAGACACAGUCUAGCUCUAUACAUCAAUUUCUGAUUUUAUGUAUCAUCUCAAAUAUAUAUAUAUAAGCAUCAAUGCAGUUGAAGUUGUUGAUCUCUAGACUCCAGUUUCCCAAGGAACAUCGCUUGCUGAUGAUGGCUUAAGUUUCCAAUAGCAUCAUCAUCGACUUUGUUAGCCUGUGAUUUUGUUGGAGUUUCUCAUCUGAUCGUGAUUGUUGAUUAAUUAAUCUU